GUGACAGCCUGUACCGGUGAUGGAACCAGCCCGCUCUGCCCCAGCUGUGCGUUCGCGUUUCGGGCCUAAAUCCUGCACGCCGGUGCUGGGCUCUCUGGGAAGUCUGCGCCGGUGGUUUUGCAUCACUCGGGUUUUAAGAGGUGGCCGUAGUGAGCGAGAAUGGCUCGGAUUCUCUGCCGGACGCGGCCGCAGCUGCGGUGCGGGAAUGUCAGACCGGGCCAGGGCAGUCCCCGGGAUCUGCGACUUCCACGCCGCCGGGAGCGGGAGCUGCCCUGGGCUCCGACCCAUUUCUUGGAGCCACAAACUCGCUGGGUACCCAAAAAAAUCCCUGCGUGCGGAGUGUAAAGCGUGAGCGUGGUUCUUGCGAGGCAGCACAGCGGCUGGGCGUGCAGGCAUGUCUGAGUGACAGCCCUGCCUGAAACGGGAAUUUUCCACUCUUUUAUGUAAUAAAGAGAGUAACCCCAAACGUUCUGGAGGAAGUGCAGCAGCAGCCUGGCUCUGAGGGAACCUGCCCGCUGUCAGUCCCGGCACGGAGGCGUUUCUGUGCUGACAUUAACACUUCCAGCUGCAAAGCCUUUCCCCUUGGCCGCUCCAGCUGUGCUCGGAGCCCUUCCAGAGCCCCAGCGGGGGAUUCAGAGCCGCUGUCCCGCUCCUCUGCUCCAGGCGUGCGGUCAGGAGGAGAAUGAAGGCGUUAAUUGUGGGGUUAAUUGUGUGUGUGACAGCGAUCUGAGUUAGUGCUGGGCAGGAGCCGGGGAGCUCCUCGGGCUGGGCAGGUCCGAGCAGUGCGGGAGAAGCUCCCAGCUCUGCUCCCGAGGUGCAGCUGAGCUGCAGAUGGCAACUGCCAGCACGAGUCUUCUCCAGAGGAACACUCUGCAGGUCCAGCACAGCUGCGAGCUAAAUUCCUGCACACGGAGCACGAGCUGAGGGAGCCCAAGACAGUGAGCCAGGCCGACAUGAAGGUGGAAAUCCUGCCCGCCCUCACUGACAACUACAUGUACCUGCUCAUCGACCAGGACACCAGGGAGGCUGCCAUAGUGGACCCUGUGCAGCCCCAGAAGGUCCUGGAUGCUGUCAAGAAGCACGGCGUGAAGCUGACCACAGUCCUGACCACCCACCACCACUGGGACCAUGCUGGAGGCAACGAGAAGCUGGUGAAGAUGGAGCCGGGGCUGCGCGUGUUCGGGGGGGACGGCAGGGUGGGGGCCCUGACGCAGAGAGUGUCCCACCUGACAGCCCUGAAGGUGGGAUCUCUGAGUGUGAAAUGCCUCAGUACGCCGUGUCACACCUCGGGACACAUCUGUUAUUAUGUGACUAAGCCAAAUAGCUCCGAGCCACCUGCAGUUUUUACAGGUGACACCCUGUUCGUGGCUGGCUGCGGGAAGUUCUUCGAGGGCACCCCCGAGGAGAUGUACAAGGCCCUGAUCGAGAUUUUGGGCAGCCUGGACCCCAGAACGAGAGUUUACUGUGGCCACGAGUACACCAUCAACAACCUCAAGUUUGCUCGGCACGUGGAACCCAGCAACCCCAGCAUCCAGGAGAAGCUGGCCUGGGCCAAGGCCCAGUACGACAGUGGGGAGCCCACCAUCCCCUCCACCAUCGCCGAGGAGUUCACCUACAACCCCUUCAUGAGAGUCAGGGAGAAAUCAGUGCAGGACCACGCCGGGGAGAGCGACCCUGUCCGGGCCAUGGGGGCCAUCAGGAAAGAGAAGGACAACUUCCGAGUGCCCAAGGACUGAGCACUGCCUGCGUCCCUCUAAUGUCACUGCAGGUGUCACUCAGACCAUUCACAUGUUGUAGGAGUCAAAUCUUCUGUUGUGGUUGAGAUGAGUUUUAUUUAGGGGUUUUUUUGUUUCGUUUUAAUUAAGGAAAAAAAAAAGCACUUUGCCCUCGUUGAGAUGUUCUAGAGCAUAUUUAUAUUGUGAUGAAGAAUGUUUAUCCUCCUCUUGCUGUCUCUCAAGCUGCCACGUGCCACCUGCAGAUCUUUGUGUUGGUGUGAGACUGGAGCUGGGCAGGAUCAGCCUGCAGGUUUAGGAAGAAGCUCCUGGUACUUUUGUGGGAGCCCGAUGUGGAUGCAGAGGGUGGGACUGAGAUGUCUUUGUUUGAUGCAGAGACCAAAUGCAGGAGCUGAAGAUUUCAACUUUCCUUCCACGCUGCUGCUUCAACAUUCUGGGUGUCGCUUCUGGCUGCACUAAACCCCUUCCAGGGGCAGAGCAGCCCUGCCAGAGCUGCUCCAGAGCUGCUCCAGGGCAUCCCUGUGGGCUGCUCUGCCCCUGGGGGGGCUCGUGGGGCCACCCAGCUUCUCUCUUGUCCCUGGCAUUGCUCUGCUUGCACCCUUGGAGUCCCGAGCCUGUUUGCAUGAGCCUGCUGUUCCCUAUGCCCUGUGUGUGCCCUGUGCCAGCCCCAGACCCGCAGGGAUGUGUCUGGUGGCUCAGAAUGCAGGGACAGCCACUCCUGGGCAGUGACUGUCCCCUGGGCCGUGGUGGCAGCCCUGGGGCCUGUGGGUGACAGCAGCUGAGCAGUUGUUACCUGGCCCCAGGUGAGCAGGGCUGUGGGGUGGCACCAGGUGUGGAUUUGCUUUAAAAUGCUGAAUUUUCUGUAGUUCAGAAAGAGGAGUGGUGCCUAAAGCUGUGGUGUCUCCUGGAGCGCUGUGCUGCCACACCAGAGUGUGACUGUACUGAGGGCUGGGCAGAGGGGAAAUAAAUAACAGCUGGAAAAAGGUUCUUAAA